AUGGGUAAAAAGGAUAAAGUUAAGGUUGAUAAAGUCGAAGAAGAAGAAGAUAACUACGAUAAAAGAAUGCCAGCUGUUUUACCAUUCGCUAAACCAUUGGCCCCAAAGAAAAUCAAUAAGAAAGUAUUGAAAACUGUUAAAAAAGCUUCAAAAGCUAAACAUGUUAAAAGAGGUGUCAAAGAAGUUGUUAAAUCUUUAAGAAAAGGUGAAAAAGGUUUAGUUAUCAUUGCCGGUGAUAUCUCUCCACCAGAUGUUAUUUCCCAUAUCCCAGUUUUAUGUGAAGAUUCAUCAGUCCCAUAUGUAUUUAUUCCAUCAAAAGAAGAUUUAGGUUCUGCUGGUUCAACCAAAAGACCAACUUCUUGUGUUAUGAUUGUCCCAGGUGGUGGUAAAAAUAAAAAGAAUGCUGAUAAAGUAAAUGAAUAUAAAGAAAGUUUCGAUGAAGUUGUCAAAGAAAUUAGUUCAUUAGAUUAA